GUCAUGAUUCUCUCUCACACGUAAAGGCAGGUGAUACGAAAGAAGUCUUCACCAAUCACCACGGUUGCCUGGUUGGCCGACUUGUCCCCUUCGGUGACUCGAAGCUCAACUCCGUCAACAACUCUAAAUACAUAAACGAACAGACACAACUUCUGAAUCUCAGCAACUCUGCAAAUCUCUCUAAAUCCGAUCUCUUUUUGUUUCGCACUCUUUUGUACGAGUGAGAAACAAGGGGAGCAGCAACAAUGGCACAAUCCUCCACCAUCACCGUACCCGGAAAAGUAACCCCAGUUCCGUUGUUGAAAGAUGAGCUUGACAUCGUGAUUCCGACGAUUCGGAAUCUGGACUUCUUGGAGAUGUGGAGGCCCUUCUUUCAGCCUUACCAUCUGAUAAUCGUGCAGGACGGAGACCCGUCGAGGACGAUCAAUGUCCCUGAAGGGUUCGACUACGAACUCUACAAUCGAAACGAUAUCAAUAGGAUUUUGGGUCCCAAGGCUUCUUGCAUUUCCUUCAAGGACUCUGCUUGCCGAUGCUUUGGUUACAUGGUCUCGAAGAAGAAGUACAUCUACACCAUUGACGAUGACUGCUUUGUUGCUAAGGAUCCAUCUGGCAAGGAUAUUAAUGCACUUGAGCAGCACAUAAAGAACCUCUUGUGUCCAUCUACUCCAUUUUUUUUCAACACCCUAUAUGACCCAUACCGGGAAGGCGCAGAUUUUGUUCGUGGAUAUCCCUUCAGUCUCCGUGAGGGUGCCCCAACAGCUGUCUCACAUGGACUGUGGCUCAACAUUCCCGAUUAUGAUGCCCCCACCCAGCUUGUGAAGCCUCGUGAGAGAAACACUAGGUAUGUGGACGCUGUUUUGACAAUACCAAAGGGAACCUUUUUCCCUAUGUGUGGUAUGAAUUUGGCAUUCAACCGUGAAUUGAUCGGCCCUGCUAUGUACUUUGGCCUCAUGGGUGAUGGUCAGCCAAUUGGUCGCUAUGACGAUAUGUGGGCUGGCUGGUGCAUGAAGGUAAUUUGUGACCACAUGGGGCUCGGAGUUAAGACCGGAUUGCCCUACAUUUGGCACAGCAAGGCAAGCAAUCCAUUUGUGAACCUCAAGAAGGAAUACAAAGGAAUCUACUGGCAAGAAGAGCUGAUCCCGUUUUUCCAAUCAGUCGUACUUCCACAGGAAUGCACCAGCAUUCAGCAAUGCUACAUUGAGCUCUCCAAGCAAGUGAAGGCUAAGCUUGGAAAGGUUGAUGAUUACUUCAACAAACUUGCUGAUUCCAUGGUCACAUGGAUUGAAGCAUGGGAUGAGCUGAACCCAUCCGCUCAAGCCGACAAUGGUACUGCUGCAAAAUAGGCUCUUGUUUAACAAUCAUCUCAUUUUGGUAGUCGCCGGCUUGUACCUUGACCUGCCAUUUCUAUGAGCUUUCUUUGCGAGAUUAGCGUAUUUAUUUCCAGUUUUCAAGGAUAUGCAGUUUUAGUUGUUUUGUUAUCUUAUAAGUCCACAACCAAUAAGAAAUUAUGGGUUUAUGUGUUGAAAUAGUUUUGAUUAUUAGUUAUUUAAUCA